CACAGGCGUGAAAAUACGAACAGAAACAAUAAGAAGAAGAAAAAUAAUAAUAAUAAAAAAAAAGAUCUCAAUUAAUUCAAGAAAAUGGCAAAACAAUUCGUUGCAGUAUUGAUUCUGUGCAUCGUCGUGGCUGCAACGGUGCAGAUUGAGAAGACUCAGGCAGAAGGCGUUGAGGAGAAAUUUAAAGAAUGCUACGACAACUGCCAUAAGAGCUGCUUCAACCAAAAUGGCAAUGGUUAUACUUUCUGCGAGAUGAAAUGUGAUGCCGAUUGCGGUGAGAAACAAAUUAAAGCCUCAUUGGAUGAGUUACAUAACUAAAUAAAUCGCAUGGACGCAUGCUCAAGCUCAUCAUCAGCUCAAGAUGCAGUGGAUCACAAUGCACUCCAACCAAUUUAUUAAGGAGAAAAUAAUUCACGAAAAAAUAAUUUUAUUUAUUUAUGUUUUGGUCGAACUUUUCUUCAUUUCUUUUGUCCCAAAUAUUUGAGGAAAAUGUCAUUUGCUCUGUCCAUUUUGUUUUGAUAUAGAGAAUACAUAUAAUCGUUUUCCUUAUUUGACAAAAGACUACCAAUCUUUUCUCUUUGUUUUUUCCCAAUGUAAUAAUUAUAUUAAUGUAAUAAUAAAUAUAAAAUGUCAACUUCGAUUCGAUCAUUCGUGUGAAUCAACAGUUGAAGGGGUCCACAUCUUCUGGAAAAUUCACUUAUUCCUUAUCUGUGGGUAUGAACAAAAAUUAUCUAUCUUUAGAUUCCGCCUCAAUCGUUGAUGCCAGCAAUUACGAUCAUGACUCUGGCUGCUUUUGACAAAGUUAUAUUCUCUUCACUUUCGAGUACUAUCGCAAUGGUAUCAAUUUUCGUGGACUCUGAAAACUAAAAAUUACACAAAAAUCUCAUAAUAAGUGUUAUGUAUAUGUAGACAAUGAGGCGCGAUGAAGUAGUGAUAAAUUAAGGCAUGAUCUCGAUAAAUCGUGGGUUCAGAUUACGUACAGAGGAAGUAAGAAAACAACGUCAAAGGAGAAUUUAUCAAUAAAACUUAAAACUCAAAAAGAUAGAGGGCUAAAGUUUCCUUAAGUCCGUCAAGCCUGUAAGAUCAGUAGGAUAUAGCUAAUUAUAGCGUUCUUUCAUCCCAAAUUAAUUUGAGUAAUUUUUUAG